AUUUAAAUAUAUGUUACAAGUGUUUUUAAAAGACGAGAAAAAAGUGUGUCGGGGAAAGCAAGCCGAAUGGGAAGCGAAGCCUCGCACGCAGCGUGGAGCUCGGCGGCCAGCCAGCGUUCACUUUCACUAAUCAAACUCUUACUUCCCGCCUCUCUUAAUUCCAUAUUUUCUAUUCCUGAUCAUUACUUUCCUCUUUUUCUCGCCCUUCCUUGUAUCUAUCCAUCCUCCCUCCCUCCUCUUCCUCCCUCCUCCUCGCCCUCCCUCCGCCGGCUCUCCUCUGCUGAAUCUUAUUGAUCCACAAGGCGGCUAAUUAGCCCUUCCCUUCGUGCCUGUGUAAUGAAGCACAUGCGCACUGAAUUAAUCACAGCCAUUUUUUUCUCGCAGGAAACUAAUUAGCAGGAAUAAAGAUCCAAAGAGUUUUUUUUCUCCCCCCAAUCAUCAGAUCUCACUUUCACCUCUUCCUCGCGCGCCUCCAACUCCGGACUCGGCUGCUUUGCAUCCAAAUUAUUUUUGAUAUCGCCUUUAACAACUAAUAGCUACCUACUUGCGCCCCUUUUUCCAGCCAAGCACUCGGCAACAACAAUGAUCUUUCUUUUUUUUCGCCCACCCUCGAGCGCAAAUUGACCGAAAGGGGACUCUUCUCGCCUUGAUGGGAUCUUUAGUUCCAUCGUCUCGCUACUGGAUUAAAAAGCGAACAUCACAAAGCGGCAAAUUGCCUGGAUGCGAUGAACGCCUCAUGUAGGCAUCAGCAUGGACAGCUGUGAGUCUCCCGUGUUUUCUGGGACAGACGAUGGGCUCAGCUCCUCCCAGCAGCAGCAGCAGCAGCAGCAACAGCAACCUCCACAGCCCUGGAACGAUCACCCUAGCUUGCAGCUUCCUUGCGCCAACCAGGCCCCUUCCCUGGACCCGCUGUCUUUUUCUGCUCCUUAUCCUUCUCAACCCCAAACCUCUUGUACUCUUCAUGACGAGGUGAGAGAACUACAGUCCCUGCAGUCCCAGCCAAAACAAACAUCGAGCCAGGCUCACCGGGAUAGCCCUGCCACUGGCCAGCUGCAUUCCAAGAGAGAGGGCCGUAAGGGAGAGGAGCGGGACCGAUUGAGCUGUGGGGAAGAGGAAGAAUCGGAGGACUUGGAUGAAAUGGAAAUUGACAGCUGUUUCCCUAGCCUUCAGCCCUUUUCCGGGGUAGUGAUGGCUCAAGGCGGAGGGGGCAUGCCCACUCUUUUGCGUCAUCAGCCCACACAACGGCAAGGUGGGCCUGAGAGUGGAAGUGAGGAAGGAGAGGAGGAAGAGGAAGAGGAGAGUAGUGAUGUGGAGAACUUGGCUGGAGAGAUCGUCUACCAACCAGAUGGCUCAGCGUAUAUCGUGGAGAGCCUGAGUCAGCUCAUCCAAAGCGGUGGGAGCAUGGUUCCCGGCCUGCUUCCCACAAACUCUCUCACGAGUGGGGGGAAAGCGGGGGAACCUGCUGGGACGUCAUCCUCGGUCUACCCUCAGAUCAUCAACACGUUCCACAUAGCCUCGUCCUUUGGCAAGUGGUUUGGCAAUUCAGACAAAGGUUUCUCCAAUACCUCAUCCAUGGCAGGCCUCAGUCCUGUCCUGCACAGUUUUCGUGUCUUUGAUGUGCGGCACAAAAGUAACAAGGAUUACCUGAACAGUGAUGGGUCAGCCAAGAAGUCCUGUGUAUCCAAAGAUGUUCCUAACAAUGUGGAUUUCUCCAAAUUUGAUGGCUUGGCCCUGUAUGGCAAGGGUAAGCCAAUUCUCAUGUGUUUUCUCUGCAAGCUGUCCUUUGGUUAUGCGCGUUCCUUUGCCACCCAUGCUGUCCAUGACCACCGCAUGACGCUGUGCGAGGAUGAACGCCGUCUAUUAGGGGACAACCAUGCAUCUGCUAUCAUCCAGGGCAUCGGGAAAGACAAAGAGCCCCUCAUCAGCUUCCUGGAACCAAAAAAUAAGGGCACUCCUGUGCCACCUCCCCUGCUUCCUAUGAACUCUGGCCAGAGCUUUUAUGGCACAUUUAGUGGUGUCCAUUUGGAGCCUGGAAGCAGCAGUGGAGGCAGCGAGACCCUCCUGAACAAAGACUCUGACUCUAGCCUCCAGCAACAGCAGCCACAGCAAACCCCGCUAAGCUCGGUCUUGUCUCUUGGAAGGCUGGGCGCUCCCAAAGCAUCCACUCUUCCCUCUACCCCAGGCUCUGCCAAAGACUCCAGUGCCCUGUCUUUACACGGGGGGAGAACAGAGGAGCCUACUGGGAAAGAGUUGGCUUACAAGGGAAACGAUGGGGCCAGUGAGGGCCUUGGCAGUACGUCACACCAGGUGGGGGGUUCGGAAGAAGAGGAAGGGGAACCGUUGUUAAGGGAAGGAGAUGAGGUGGAGGCAGAAGGCACAAUUGUGACCAGUGGUGUUAAUAGUAGCAGUGGUGGAGGUGAGGCAGGGGAAUCAGCUAUCUCAAACCAAAGCAUUUCCAAAUCUCCUUUAUUAAUGCCUAGUAGCACUCUCCAGCCUUCUGCCUGCACCCAUGCGGUCAGUUACACGCGAAACAGCAAAUCCCCUGCUUCCACUUCUUCCUCUGUCAAGGAGGAGGUUUCAGCUCCAGAAGGUGGGGGGAGAACCUCAGAGCUGCCUCUGAGCUUUAACUGCCAGGGAACCACCGUUCCCCUGGCGAUGGCAGCGGCCAAUGUCAGAAAGAGUGAGGAGGACACUGCUGGCACUUCUUCCUCACCUCUGUCCUCCAAUGCUGCUGCUGAUGAAAGUGCCAAUCGAGAUAGUGCCACAGCUCCAGAACCAAAUGAUUGCCCAGCUGAAGAAGAGGAUGAAAACGGAUCCCUUCUGCAGCAACACCACAUGCUUCACCAUCAUCAUCACCUGCAUUCAUCAUCUCAUGGCCACAUUCACCCCCAACCCGGUGGUUCCUGUGACCUAACAGGGGUGAAUGACUGCUCACAGAACCACGGGCCCGGUGGCAGUGUUGGAAGUGGGGUGGAAUGCCCCAAAUGUGACACCGUUCUAGGUUCCUCACGCUCUUUGGGUGGUCAUAUGACCAUGAUGCAUUCGCGUAACUCAUGCAAGACACUCAAGUGUCCCAAAUGCAACUGGCAUUACAAAUAUCAACAGACUUUGGAGGCUCACAUGAAAGAAAAGCACCCAGAUUCUGGAGGCUCUUGUGUGUACUGCAGCAGCGGUCAAAGUCAUCCUCGUCUGGCGCGUGGAGAAAGCUAUACAUGUGGAUACAAACCUUUCCGAUGUGAGGUGUGUAACUACUCAACGACCACCAAGGGGAACCUGAGCAUCCACAUGCAGUCGGAUAAACAUCUAAACAACAUGCAGACACUGCAGAAUGGAGGCUCUAUUGGAUCUGCUCAAGAGCAGGUGUUUGGACACGGCCCGGGAGGAGUGGUGGCCGUGCCCUCUGUGACCCAAUCCAGUAGCCACCACCCUGUCCACCACCACCCCACACAGUCCUCCGCCCAUGUAAGUGGACCGUGCGGGGCCCCCUCACCGACCAAGCCAAAGAGCAAACCCACUUGGCGCUGUGAGGUAUGCGACUACGAAACCAACGUGGCGCGGAACCUCCGUAUCCACAUGACCAGCGAGAAGCACAUGCACAACAUGAUGCUCCUCCAGCAGAACGUGACUCAGAUGCAACAUGGCCGACUCGCACUGGGAGCUAUGCCCUCCCCCUCCGAGGCUGAGCUCUACCAGUAUUACCUGACACAAAACAUGAGCCUACCACCAGGCCUCAAGAUAGACCCAACAGGACCUGAGGCCCAGUUUCUGAUGGGGGGCUUUACUCUAGAUCCCAGCAUGGCUGCCUUGACCCCUGCACUGGGUGGGGAGAUCCCGAUGGAUAUGCGCCUGGGCAGCGGCCAAUUGGUGUCAGAGGAGCUGAUGAACCUGGGAGAAAGUCUAUCACAAACCAGCGACCCCUCGCUCAAACUCUUCCAGUGCGCCGUGUGCAACCGCUUCACCACUGACAACCUGGAUGUGCUUGGCAUCCACAUGGGGGCCGAGCGCAGCCUGCCUGAGGAGGAGUGGCGCGCCGUGGUGGGCGACUCUCACCAGUGCAAGUUGUGCCACUACACUACUCAACUCAAGGCCAAUUUCCAGCUCCACUGCAAGACGGACAAGCACGUUCAAAAGUACCAGCUUGUUGCCCAUAUUAAGGAGGGAGGCAAAGGCAACGAGUGGCGACUGAAAUGCGUGGCCAUUGGAAACCCAGUGCACCUGAAGUGCAACGCUUGCGACUACUACACAAACAGCUUGGAGAAGUUGAGGAUGCACACGGUUAAUUCCCGACAUGAGGCCAGCCUGAAACUUUACAAGCACCUGCAGCAGCACGAAAACGCGGUGGAGGGUGAUGCCUGCUACUACCACUGCGUGCUGUGCAACUACUCGACCAAGGCCAAGCUUAACCUGAUCCAGCAUGUGCGCUCCAUGAAGCACCAGCGCAGCGAGAGCCUCAGGAAACUGCAGCGCUUGCAGAAGGGCCUGCCCGAGGACGACGAAGACCUCAGCUCCAUCUUUACCAUUCGCAAAUGCCCUUCUUCAGAUACAGGAGAGCUGAGUGAGGAUGUGGAGGCUGCUAGUGAGACCACCACAGACCAGGAGGACCAAACCAAAGACAGAGAAAGUGGGGGGGAAAAGGAGCUCACCAAAGGGACAGCAGUGUCCGGCCAUUCAGAACCGCAGCAGUCAGAUUCCCCGAUCCCUAGCAAAAGGCCCUCGUCACGGUCGGAGACUUCUGAGAGCCCGCUGUCCUCAAAACGUCCCCGGGCAGCUGAAAAGCGAGCUGCAGAGCAGAUGUACCAGUGCCCUUACUGCAAGUUCACCAACACAGACCUGAACCGUCUCAGAAUGCACGUGAUGACGCAGCACUCUGUCCAGCCCAUGUUACGCUGCCCGCUGUGCCAGGACAUGCUCAACAACAAGAUCCACUUGCAGUUCCACCUCACACACCUGCACAGUGUCGCGCCAGACUGUGUUGACAAGCUCAUCGCCACAGUGACAGCGACCGAUGUCCUACCAGCAAGCAUGUUCAUACCUGUUCCUGGUUCAAAAAAAGAGUCUCAGAACCCCUCUCAUGCUGUUGCCAAUGAUGAAGAUACAACAAAACAAGCUGAUGCUUUAGAUGCUGAUCCGGAGAAGGGAGUUUCACUUCCUACAGAAAUAGUUGAGGCUCGCAAGUCACCUCAAGAAGAUCAGCAAACAGAGAAGGAUGAUGCUACUGGAUUUCUGUGCUGGAAAAAAGGCUGUAAUCAAGUGUUCAAAUCAUCCAACUCUCUCCAGAUGCACUUCAAUGAAGUUCACAACAAAAGGCCUCAGCUUCCUGUUUCUGAUCGCCAUGUCUACAAGUAUCGUUGUAACCAGUGCAGCUUGGCCUUCAAGACUGUGGAGAAGCUACAACUCCAUUCCCAGUAUCAUGUAAUCCGAGCAGCGACCAUGUGCUGCCUCUGCCAGCGGAGCUUCAGGACGCUACAAGCGUUGAAGAAGCAUUUGGAAACCAGCCACCUGGAGCUUAGUGAAGCUGAUAUCCAGCAGCUGUAUGGAGGCUUAUUGAUGAACGGUGACAUUAUGGUCAUGGGUGAUCCAGCCCUUGGUGAAGAACAUGGAGGUCUGGGAGAAGAUGACAAAGAAGGGGAUGAGAGUGACACAGAGGAAAAGCAAAGCCCAACAGGCAGUGACUCUGGCUCACUGCUGGAAGAUUCUGGAUCUGAACCAAAACGUGCUUUGCCAUUCAGAAAAGGUCCCAACUUUACUAUGGAAAAAUUCUUAGAUCCAUCUCGUCCAUUCAAGUGCACUGUGUGCAAAGAGUCAUUCACACAGAAGAAUAUUCUGCUGGUUCACUACAACUCUGUCUCCCACCUGCACAAGGUGAAGAGAGCUCUUCAGGAAUCCACCACUGGUCAGCCGGAGCCUACGAGCAGCCCUGACAACAAGCCAUUCAAGUGUAGCACUUGUAAUGUGGCAUAUAGCCAGAGUUCCACUUUGGAGAUCCACAUGCGCUCUGUUCUACACCAAACAAAAGCAAGGGCAGCUAAACUUGAAGCUGCGGGAGGUAUAACUAGCUCUGCAAGUGCUACUGGUGGAGGUGGCGGAGGUAUGAUCAUCAGCACUUCAACGGCAAGUCCAGGCCCAGCAAGCAACUCAACAACAAACUCGACCAACCAUGGCACCUCUGGCACUCAAACAGCGCAGAAUAUUCUUGGAGGAACGCACGUUUCCCAGAGUCAUAGCCAUGAAACUAACAGCUCACUUAGCAGCCAUUCCUCACCGUCGGAGAACAAUGAGGUAAAAAAGGCUAAAUAUGCAGAUAUGCUCUCUUCACGGGGACAACAGCAGCUUCAGCAACAACAGCAAUUAGCUCACGCGCAAGCCCAAGCUCAGCUUCAGCAAGAGCUCCAGCAGCAGGCUGCACUUCUACAAUCCCAGCUCUUUAACCCAGCACUUCUGCAGCACUUCCCCAUGACAACUGAUGCACUUCUCCCCUUACAGCAACAACAGUUACUGUUUCCUUUCUACAUCCCAGGAGCAGAAUUUCAGCUAAACCCAGAGAUCAACAUCAGUAAUUCAGCACUUGGCCUAACAGGAGCAACCACCUCCUCGCUGCUAGAAGAUCUCAAGAACUCAGCCCAGCAGAGCUGCUUGCAGCAGCAACUGAUGCAUCACCACCUUCAGCAGCAAGCUCAACAGCAGCAGCAGCAAUCGCUGCCGCCUCACUCACAGGCACAAGGACAGAUGGCAUUGCUGCAACAGAGUGCUUCUCUCCACCAGCAGGUUGAAAAAAAGCAGAAGCCUCCCUCUUCGCAAACCGAAAAAAAUAUUCAAAAAGACAAAGAUGCAACUGAAAAAAAUGAGGAUGUCAACAAAGAUUCGAUGGAUAAACUAAAGGAAAGGAGGGACAUUCAACACAUCACAACUAGUAUUAAUCAUGACUCCGGUUUACUUCCUCCAAGGAUUGCUUCAGAUGCUCGUGGAAACGCAACCAAAGCCCUGCUGGAAAAUUUUGGGUUCGAGUUAGUCAUUCAGUAUAAUGAAAAUAAACAAAAGGCCCAGAAAAGGGGAACUGGGCUGACAGGAUCAAGUGGACCAGGUGGGAUCACAAGAGUGGUAGAUCCCAUUGAGGGACUGGAGAAACUGGAAUGUGAGGCCUGUGGCAAGCUGUUUUCAAAUAUACUCAUUCUAAAGAGUCACCAGGAGCAUAUCCACCAGGCUUUCUUCCCAUUUCGAUCCCUUGAGAGAUUUGCCAAGGAAUACAGAGAGAAUUAUGAUAAACUAUAUCCACUGAGACCGCCUACACCAGAGGCUGCCCCAGCCCCUCCACCUCCUCCCCCACCCCCUCCGCCCCAAAGAGCUCCUACACCAAAUAUUCCUGUGUCUGCAGCCUCACUCACGCCUCCAACUGUACCUACUCCACAGCCUCCAGUUCCAAUGCCACAAAUUCCCAUGCCAAUGGAUUUGCCAAUCUUUUCACCACUAAUGAUGCAACCCAUGUCGCUCCAGUCUUUACCCAGCCAGCUGACUCCACAGCUACCCUCUGUUGAACCAAGCCUGGCCUCAGACUUGGCCCAGCUCUACCAACAGCAGCUCACCCCGGCCAUGCUGCAGCAGCAACAGAACAAGAGGCCACGGACACGUAUCACAGAUGACCAGCUUCGGGUCCUGCGACAGUACUUUGAUAUAAACAAUUCGCCCAAUGAAGAUCAGAUUAAAGAGAUGGCCGAUAAAUCAGGACUGCAGCAAAAGGUCAUUAAGCACUGGUUCAGAAACACUCUUUUCAAAGAGAGACAACGCAACAAAGACUCUCCGUACAACUUCAAUAACCCACCAACCACAACACUUGAUGAUACUAAAAUUGACUCUAAACCACCUUCCCCUGAACCACAAAAGCAAGACUUCUAUGGAAGUAAGAGAUCUUCUAGAACUAGGUUUACAGACUACCAGCUGAGAAUCUUACAAGAUUUCUUUGAUGCGAAUGCUUAUCCUAAAGACGAUGAGUUUGAACAGCUUUCCAACCUUCUGAGCCUCCCCACUCGUGUUAUUGUUGUUUGGUUCCAAAAUGCUCGCCAGAAGGCAAGAAAGAAUUAUGAGAACCAGACUGAUGGGGCGAAAGAUGGCGAGAGACGAGAACUCUCCAACGAUCGGUAUAUUCGCACCGCCAAUCUGAACUACCAGUGCAAAAAAUGCAACUUGGUUUUCCAGAGAAUAUUUGACCUCAUAAAACAUCAAAAGAAGUUGUGCUACAAAGACGAAGACGAAGACGGACAGUAUGACAGCCACAAUGAGGAUUCAACUGAUCUUUCUAACGAAUGUUAUACUCCCUCUGGUUCCUCCUGCCACACCCCAAUGCCCUCCUCUUCAAGUCUCUGCCCACUUCCACCGACAACUUCAGCAUUCUCACACCUCCCUUCAGUUGAUAAGGAGGAGGCGUCACCAGCAACCACCUCAAACCUCCAUGAGGAAAAGUCAAAAGAGGUACCUGACAUUCCGGCUGAUCCCCCAAGCAAGACCUCUAUUAAGCAGGAAAAUGUACCCCAACCCCAAUCGGAGUCACAAAAGCACAGACAUCCGAGAGAAGAGAAUAUCCAACCAAUGUCCAAGCCCAACAAACACUCCUCUUCUUCCUUUGCCCAACAGCAACUGCAGUGUGUUCCAUCAGCUUCUCAGACAAGCCAGGCCCCUUCCCAAAGCUCUCACUUGAGCCACAACCCCCACAUGAGUUCGGCUCCACAACAAAUGGCACAGCAGAUCAUUCCAUUCCAGUGUGAUCAGUGCAAGAUCGGCUUCCCCUCCUUUGAGCACUGGCAGGAGCACCAGCAAUUACACUUCCUCUCUGUGCAGAAUCAGUUCAUUCACCCACAAUUCAUUGACCGCUCAAUGGACAUGCCGUUCAUGCUAUUUGACCCGAGCAAUCCUCUCCUGGCAGGUCAGUUACUCUCUGGGACGAUGCCCCAGAUCCCCAGCAGCUCUGCCACUUCUCCAUCCACCCCCACAUCCACAAUGAACUCCCUGAAAAGGAAGUUGGAGGAGAAAGCCGGCACGAGCCCAGGAGAGAAUGACAGCACAAACAGUGAAGAGCCACAUAGAGACAAGCGGCUUCGAACCACCAUCACACCUGAGCAGCUAGAGAUUCUCUAUCAGAAGUACCUAUUGGAUUCUAAUCCAACACGUAAAAUGCUUGACCACAUCGCGCAUGAAGUGGGGCUGAAGAAGAGAGUUGUGCAAGUCUGGUUUCAAAAUACGAGAGCAAGGGAGAGGAAAGGCCAGUUUAGAGCAGUGGGGCCAGCUCAAGCUCAUCGGAGAUGCCCCUUUUGCAGAGCUCUUUUUAAAGCAAAAACUGCCCUCGAGGCACACAUUCGCUCUCGUCAUUGGCACGAGGCCAAACGCGCUGGCUAUAAUCUAACACUCUCUGGUAUGCUACCUGACCAUGAGGGGAUCCAAAUGAAGUUGGAUGCCUUGGAGACAUCGGGCUAUUCCCAAAUGGCGUCUUCAAAUAUGGAUGGACAAAGCUCCUCCAUGUCGCCGGUGAAUAGAGGAAUUGAUUCAUCUCCCAGGGCUCUUCUGAGUCCUUCGUCCAUUAAAGUUGAAGGAAUGGAAGAUUUUGAGAAUUCAGCCAUGGCUGCUGUGAACCUCAGCUUUGAUCACAACAAACUGGAUAAUGACGACUGCUCCUCUGUCAAUACAGCCAUCACAGACACAACUACAGGUGAUGAGGCUAAUGCUGAUAAUGACAGCGCUGAUGCAAAAAACAGCCAGAGUAGUAGUGAGUACCUGCCUAAGCCUGGGGGCUCCGUCCCCAUCCUUGAAAAUGAUGACCAGAUGUCCUCAGGGCUUGUAAGCCCUGCUACAAGCUAUUAUGCCAAGGACUGUGAAAAUGAACAUAUAAUUGACCACAGUGAGACAUCCAGCCUGGCGGAUCCUUGCUCGCCAAGUCCUGGAGCUUCGGGCACCAGGAGCAUUGACAGCGGUGAUCGUCCCGGUCAAAAGCGCUUCCGAACGCAAAUGACAAACCUCCAGCUUAAAGUGUUGAAAUCCUGUUUUAAUGACUACAGGACUCCCACCAUGUUGGAAUGUGAAGUACUUGGCAAUGAUAUUGGACUUCCAAAGAGAGUGGUUCAGGUGUGGUUUCAAAAUGCCCGUGCCAAGGAAAAAAAGGCAAAGCUCAACAUGGCCAAGCACUUUGGAAUUAAUCAGACAUCCUACGAGGGUCCGAAGACCGAAUGCACUUUGUGUGGUGUCAAGUAUAGUGCCCGGCUCUCGGUUCGAGAUCACAUAUUCUCCCAGCAGCAUAUCGCCAAGGUUAAGGAUACCAUCGGCAGUCAGAUUGACAAAGAAAAAGAAUACUUUGACCCAGCCACUGUCCGUCAACUUAUGGCUCAGCAAGAGAUGGACCGCAUUAAGAAGGCCAAUGAAGUUUUAGGAUUGGCGCAGCAGCAGGCCAUGCAGCAACAGGGAAUAUUUGAUAACCCUGCAAUGCAGGCGCUGAAUCUACAGUCAGCCUAUUCCAAUCUACAAGGCAUUCCACCUGUCCUCUUGCCUGGGGUUGGAAGCCCCUCUCUGUCCAGCUUUAACUCAUCUAACUCAGCUUUAACUCCUCCGAAAACUUCAAACCUGCUGAACAUGCCUGGUGCCAGCGUUCCCUCGCCAAGCUUGCCCACAUCUGGACUGCCCAACAAACCACCCUCCUCAUCAUCCCUGUCCACAUCAAGCCCAGCACAGACAAGCACAUCUGCUUCCCACUCCAGCCCCACCUCGACAUCCAACUCUACUUCCUCAAGCACCCCGUCCAUCACCCGGCCUGAACACUCCAAAGAGCAUGAAGUUGAGAGGUUAAGAGAAAAGGAAAAGCCCAAGGAAAAGACAGAGAAGCCCUCAACCCCGUCAUCAACCGGAAGCACCCCUGCCCCUUCUACUUCUGCUGCCAGCGCCAAGAAGGAAAAGCCAGACCCAGCUGUUCCCGCCACCUCUAUGCCCACACCCGGUAUGGAGUAUGUGGUAGAUCCUGCCCAGCUUCAAGCCCUGCAGGCUGCCUUGGCUUCAGACCCGACAGCUCUUCUCACGAACCAGUUCCUGCCCUAUUUCAUGCCUGGCUUUUCUCCAUACUACACCCCACAGAUCCCUGGCGCUCUACAAGGUGGUUACCUGCAACCAAUGUAUGGAAUGGAAAGUCUCUUCCCCUACAACCCUGCAUUGUCACAAGCACUGAUGGGCCUGUCCCCGGGAUCUCUGCUGCAACAUUACCAGCAAUAUCAGCAGAGCUUGCAGGAAGCACUGCAGCAGCAGCAGCGCCAGCUUCAACAAAUCCAACAACCCAAGGCAAGCCAAACCCAAGCGCCCUCUAAAUCCUUGGGGGAUCGUAAAGAACCUGCCAAAGAUCCAGUGAAAACAGAGGAGCAAAAGGGCAACCACCACCGUGCAUCUCCCACCACACCUUGCACCUCCUCCACUCAUAAUAAAGUAUGCGCCGAGCAGAAUGAGUUGGACGGCAAAGCAGCGGAUCUCCAUCUAGACCAGUUCAUCGUCCCCAAAGUGCAGAUUAAACUGGCAUGCCGGAAGUGUCAGGCAGUUUUCACCAAGGAAGAAGCGGCUAUUACCCACCUUAAGUCUCACUGUUUUUUUGGUCAGUCUGUGGCAAACCUGCAAGAGAUGUUGCUGCGUGUCCCCAGUGGCGUCGGCGCAGGGGCUGAAAGUCUCUACGACUGCCUGGCUUGUGACACUACGUUGGAUGGGGGAAAAGCACUCAGUCAACAUCUGGAAUCAGCUUUGCACAAACACCGAACAAUCAAGCGAUCAGCCAGAAAUGCCAAAGAGCACGCUACUAGUUUAUUACCUCACUCUUCAGCCUGCUUCCCCACUCCUAACACAUCUACCUCGCAGACCGCCACUCAUCCCAUCAGCAGCCCCACUCCGCCGCCAACGACAUCAGCCACCAUGCCAACAUCUGCCCUGUCCACCCCUCUUUGCGCCUCCUCCUCCAAUACACAGCUCAACACCACAGCCGCCAGCAAACCCUGGCCCCAGGCCCCUUUCUCCAGAGCUUUAGUCGGCAAGCCCAAUGCCAGUCCCUCCUACGCUUCCUCCCUGUUUCCUCCCGUGUCCUCACCCUCAACGGUUACCUCAAGUUCAUUGAGCACCUCAGGAGUUCAGACCUCGAUACCAACAGACGUCUUUACUGACGAGUCUGACUCUGACAGCAGUCAGAAGUCGGCAGACAGACUGGGCAGGACGGCAGAUGAGCCGCAGCAACCUGGCUUUGUCAAAGACAGUAGUACUUGUAGUAGUAAUCUCGCUAGUGUCGGAACAGACUCCAUCAGAUUGUAAAAGAGCUUUCGGUGAUGGACAGUGUUUAAAAAAAAAAAAAAAGAAAAAAAAGACAAAAAUGGAAAAAAAAACACAAAUGGAAAAAACAGAAAAAGCAGCAAUGUUAAAUACAUUAAAGGUAUACAAACCAAUUUCAGAAAAAGAGAUGUAAAAACUUACUGCAAUUCCAAAGCUUGUAACCAAAAACUUUAUUGUUAGUGGAUUGUUUUCCCAUAUCAACAUGCUGGUUUCCAUUUUGUUUUUUUUUUUUUUGUUGAACUGAAACACAAGCAUAUUAAUAAUAUAUUAGAAGAGAAAGAUUGAUGCGGAGGAGUGCUGACAAAUGGCCCAAGAAACCCUUUCAAAAAAUUCUGAGUAGAGAAGAUGUCCUUUUGUUUCGUAAUAAUUUAUAUUUAAUAGCACAGUCACAAAAAAAGCCAGUAUGUACUGUAUGGGAGAAUAGUCCGGUCCAUGUUCUUGCUAUUUAAGCAUUCAGAUACCAAUGGCUUGCAAAAGUAAAAUAAUAAUGUAUUGUCGAUUUUAUUCUCAGGUCAAUGGCUCGCAAAUGUUUUCUUCUGUUACACAAAUCCAUGUUUUUACACGCUAGCUUUCCUCAUCUAUUGAUUUACCACAACAUUUUAAUCAGAGUGGAAAUUGGUAAGGCAUUUUUUCUGGGCAUGAAAAUGGCAGUUAAUUGGCAAAGUUGAACUAAAGACUAGAUGGGAGGAGAAUUGUUAUCCCGUCAUAUCAAGGCAAAGAGUCAUUGCAGACAUAAAAAUGGGCCAUGAGUAAUUUCGAUUUUAAAGUUGGGGGGGUAAAAAA